AUGUGGGCAGAUACAUUGUUAAUAUUAUUUAUAUCCAUCUGUACUGCUUUAUUGGGGGAAGGUUUAACAUGGAUUUUAGUUUACAGAACUGAAAAAUAUCAAAAAUUGAAAACAGAAAUUGAAAAACAGAGUAAAAAAUUGGAAAGAAAAAAAGAAACUUAUGGAGAUUCAUUUGUUAAACAACAUAAGAAAAAAAUUGAAAGACAAGAAGAAAAGUUAAAAAAUAAUAACAGAGAUUUAUCAUUUGUAAAAAUGAAAUCUAUGUUUGCCAUAGGAUUUGCUUUUACAGCACUUCUUAGCAUGUUCAACAGUAUAUUUGAUGGCAAAGUAGUAGCACAACUGCCAUUUGUUCCUGUAUCUUGGAUUCAAGGUUUGUCACACAGAAAUUUGGCAGGGCAAGAUUUUACUGAAUGCUCAUUUAUAUUCCUUUACAUAUUAUGUACAAUGUCCAUAAGACAGAAUAUACAAAAACUUUUAGGCUUUGCUCCUUCUAGAGCUGCAUCAAAACAAGGAGUUGGAUUAUUCACUCCACAAGUUCCUCAUAAAAUGUAA